AUGUGCCUUUGUUUAUAAAGAUCAGCUGUGUGCCCCCCAAACAUCGCGUCACCCUUCCCGUUUCGCGCGCGCUCUCGCGACCAGCGCCAGCCACCCACGUCUGCUUAUAUUUUCGUCGAAAAAGGGUCAGCCGAAUGCGGGGACGAAAACGGGAUCAAGGAACGUGUGGUCGCACGUGCAUCCGUCGUUCGUACGGAGAAAGAGAUCUCAAAAAAAAGAUGGAAAAAAAAGAUACCUGACUCACUGCGGAAGUCGUACGGGCUAACAAUAAGAAGAGAGAGAGAGAGAGAACAAAGAAAAAAGUUCAUUAUUUUUUUGCGAUUUCCUAAAAUGGCACAGUUUAGGCUCUCGGUUUUAAGUCGGGGCAUCUAUCUAAGGUUUCGAAGCAUUUCAGAGCAUCCUAAAACUUUGUUGUUCCUGCGCGAGAGUCGAGAAAUUUCGCAGCACAUGAGAGGCUAAGAUUUCGUGUUGCAGGCAGCAUUGUUGAUUUUCAUCUUUUUUUUUUUCGUCUCUCGAUAUUACUAUUCAGAGAAGAAGUGAACGCGAAAGACAAGUGUGGACAAGUGUGUCCGCACAUUGAUAUAACGCUAGCGAAACGUUCAAGGUUAGUUUACGAUAAAGUAAGAAUGAAAUAUCUGUUUAUUGAUAUAUUUUUCAACACAUACCCCUGGAUGCUUGUGGAACAACCAUCGACUGGUAGCUAAAUAAAUUUUAUGACAUGAAAGAAUGAAACGAGAAACUGUCAUUACCUGUGUAGAGCCUGACCGACGAGCACAAACGAUGACGACGGUACUGGACAGUAGUUAUCAACGCAUACAGCCGUACGAGGGGCAGGAGGAGGACGCGGAUGAUGAGGACGAUCGCGAGGAGGCUCCUCAAGAAUCAGGUGUCAUCAUCCAUGUAGUGCCGGAGGGUAACAAAGCACGAUGGAAUCACAUCGAAGACCUAGAUUCAUUCUUUACGCGAAUGUACCACUAUCACCAGCAGCAUGGCUUUGUCUGUAUGAUGCUCCAAGAAGUUUUGGAAUUACUGCAAUUCUUUUUUGUAGUCACAUUCGUUACCUUUCUCUUACACUGCAUCGAUUACACCAAGAUAUACAGCGGUGGCGGAGAUAGCAAGGGCAACGAUACCAGCCACAAAAGCGAUGCCAUAAUGUGCUUUGGUGAUUGCAUGAAAUCGAUCUCUUCGUUCUACUGGAGUCUUCUCGUAGUCGCGACAAUUUUCUUUUUCCUCCAAUUUCUCAAAGUUUUGUAUCACCUGGCGCAAUUCUGGGAUAUCAAAAUGUUCUUCAAUACAGCGCUCAAAAUCGCCGAUAGCGAGCUAGACAAUUUUACAUGGCACGAGAUUCAGAAGCGUGUGAUAGAGGUGCAGAAGGAGCAGGAGAUGUGUAUUCACAAAAGAGAACUUACGGAAUUAGAUAUAUACCAUAGGAUAUUAAGACAUAAAAAUUACAUGGUAGCUAUGAUCAACAAAUCCCUCUUACCCGUGCGACUCAAAGUCCCCCUUAUAGGAGAAGUCAUUUUUUUGACACGAGGAUUGAAAUACAAUAUAGAAUUAUUAUUAUUUUGGGGACCAUGGUCACCAUUCGAAAAUAAUUGGCAUCUGAAGGAGGAUUACAAAAAAUUGAAUAAAAGGCAAGAACUCGCACGAUCAUUAUCUAAACACAUUCUAUGGGUCGGUAUCGCAAAUUUCGUCUUGUGUUUCCUUAUUCUUCUGUGGCAAGUUCUCUAUACAUUUUUCAAUUACGCUGAGACCAUUAAACGAGAACCAAGUGUUCUGGCGAUGCGGACGUGGUCUCUGUACGGUCGGCUGUACCUACGACAUUUCAACGAACUCGAUCACGAGUUGAACGCGCGUCUCAGUCGUGCGUACCGUCCUGCUUCAAAGUACAUGAGCAGCUUCACGUCACCGAUAAUGACAAUAGUAGCGAAGCACAUUGCGUUCAUCACCGGUAGCGUAUUGGCGGUGUUACUGGUCAUAACGGUGAUCUACGAGCCGAUAUUCUCGAUGGAGCGCGUGGUUGCCUACAUGACUAUGCUGGGCGCGGUGGCGGCAGCCGCGAAGGCGAUUGUACCCGAUGAGAAUUUAGUUUGGUGCCCCGAGACUCUUCUGACCGCUGUCCUGGCCCACACGCAUUACAGGCCGGACAGUUGGCGGGGGACUGCUCAUACGCAUACCACCAGGUCCCAGGUGGCGCAGCUAUUCCAAUAUCGCGCGGUGCAUCUUCUGGAAGAGCUGGUUUCUCCAUUCGUGACGACGUACAUUUUGUGCUUCCGCAUGAGACACCGAGCCCUGGAGAUUGUAGACUUUUUUCGUAACUUCACGAUCGAAGUCGCCGGAGUCGGUGACGUGUGCAGCUUCGCUCAAAUGGACGUACGUAGACACGGGAAUCCCAUGUGGCAGACCGUAGCGCACAGUCCCACAGUCUCGCCGCUGCCAGAGGAUCGUAGUGCAGGAUACGACAAUCAAUACGGCAUCGAUCCGGACAAGUACCACGUACCGAUGUCGAAUCAUUAUACCCAGGCCGAGGACGGCAAGACCGAGUUGUCCCUCAUACAUUUCACCCUGACGAAUCCCGAAUGGAAACCGCCGUCCCAUGCGGAGAAUUUCGUAACUGCUUUGAGAGAAAGGGCGAAGAAGGAAGUAACUGCCGAUCCUGAUCCUUAUAACAAUCCUCUGAUAGCUAGUUUGAACAGUUUAUCCGGUCUUGGCUAUAGAGAUCACGUAUCGAAUAUUAUUCGAAGCACGAUAAAUCAAGUGAGUGUACCUAGCAUGAGUAACAUUUUCACGAAUCAGCCGGGUACGUCGGCUACGUCGGUCGGCGUCGAUCAGUCGUUAGCCACAAAAUCUACCGUUCUACGUCGCGGUGUGUCCAGGACGGAAGGUCCAUUGCACAAUGAUAGAGGAUUCCUAUACGAUUUGCAGCAAGGUAUAUCGAAUCAAUCGCUAGGUGCUUCUGUAUUCGGAUCGGGCCACAGUUAUGUUAUGGAGGCGCAUGCAGAUCCGUAUGAACCUACAGAAUUAACCGCUGCCGACAUGUCUUUGUCUACAUUGUACCUGCAUGAGCUUCAUCAUAGACAAGUAAGAAGAAGAGGUUACCAUGAAAUGGCAACGAGAAGUAUAUGGCAGCGAAGUCCGGUUCAAGAGCUGGCGACACUUCCCGAGGUUAGACAAGAAAGAAUACCGCUCCUGUUGCAUCAAGAUUCGUCUUUAAGAAAAAACAGAGAAUCCUAACGUUAGAAAUUUCAUUUAAAAAGCGUCCUCGACUCGCGCAAUAAUCGUUUUUAGAAGAAUAAAGUGGUUUUUAUCUGUUUUAUUAUGACGAA